AUGUCAGAGAGGCUCCAGUACCUGUUUGGGAACGUUUCCAAGCUCAUUGAGGAAGGAAAAUUCAGCCUGAAAGAUGACUUCCCUAUGGUCACUCGCAAGGAGUGGGGGGCAGCAGCUGUCUCCUGUAACACCCAGCUAAGCAGGCCAGUGGACUUCCUUGUCAUUCAUCACAUCCCUGCACUGGAGUGUCACAACCAGACAGGUUGCAGUCAGAGGCUGCGGGAGCUGCAGAACCAUCACAUCCACAACAAUCACUGGUGCGACGUGGCCUACAAUUUCCUGGUUGGGGAUGAUGGUAGGGUGUACGAAGGUGUUGGUUGGAAAGUCCAAGGCUGGCAUACUCAAGGCUACAGCAACAUCUCCCUGGGCUUUGCUUAUUUCGGCACCAAGGAAGGCCACAGUCCUAACCCCACUGCCCUGUCUGCCAUGGAGGGCCUAAUCUCUUAUGCUGUCCAGAAGACCCAUCUGUCACCCAGGUACCUUCAGCCACUUUUGGUGGAAGGAGAGAACUGUCUGGUGUCGCCACAGCAGAGAGGUUUGAAGAAAGCUUGCCCCAGCAUUGUUACGCGGUCUGACUGGGAAGCCAGGAAGUCCCACUGCCCCAGGAUGAGCCUUCCAGCUAAGUAUGUUAUCAUCAGCCACACCUCUGCGAGGACCUGCACUGUUUCUGAUGAGUGUCGCAUCCUGGUCCGAGAUACGCAGUCCCACUUCAUGGACAGACAAGGCACAUGCGACAUCGGGCCCAACUUCCUUGUGGGCCAGGAUGGGAUCGUCUACGAAGGGACAGGAUGGAAAGUGCAGGGCUCGCACACUGCUGGCUAUAAUGACAUUGCCCUGGGCAUUGCCUUCAUGGGUACCUUCACAGGGAAUCCACCCAAUGCUGCCGCGCUGGAGGCCACCCAGAACCUGAUCCAGUGUGCCAUGGACAAGGGGUAUUUGACUCCCAACUAUCUACUUGUGGGCCAGAGUGAUGUCGAGAAUACGCUGUCUCCUGGGAAGGCUCUGUACAAUAUCAUCAGCACUUGGCCUCAUUUCAAGCACUGA